AUGUUCGCUCAAGCCAGACCUCAAAUCUAUGUACUCAAGGGUAACUCCAAGAGAGAGCAAGGUGCAAAGGCUCAACUUGCCAAUAUCCAAGCUGCCAAAGCCAUUGCUUCCAUUGUGAGAACAACUCUCGGACCAAAGGCCAUGCUCAAAAUGAUUCUCGAUCAGAUGGGUACUGUUCAACUCACUAGUGAUGGUAAUGCCAUCCUCAGAGAAUGCGACGUUACACACCCAGCAGCUAAGAGUAUGAUUGAAUUGAGUAGAACACAAGACGAAGAAGUCGGUGAUGGUACCACUUCAGUCAUUAUCCUUGCUGGUGAAAUUCUUACUGUGGCCGAACCAUUGUUGCAAAGAAAGAUUCACCCCACUCGUAUCGUGAAAGGCUUUUUGAAAGCUCUUGAGGAUGCUGUUAACUUUAUUUCUGAAAAGAUGUCAAGAACUAUUGAUGUUAACAAUUAUGAACAAGUUGCAGAAAUUGUGAAUACUAGUAUUGGCACAAAGUUCACUCAUCGUUACAGUGAUUUGAUGUGUAAAUUGGCUAUUGAUGCUGUGCGAACAGUUGCUAUCGAUUUGGAAAACGGAAAGAAAGAUAUUGAUGUUAAAAGAUACGCACGUAUUGAAAAGAUUCCUGGUGGAUUAUUAUCUGAAUCACGAGUAUUGAGCGGUGUCAUGAUUAACAAGGAUAUUCUUCAUCCAAAGAUGAGAAGAAGAAUUGAAAAUCCAAGAAUUUUACUUUUGGACUGUCCUCUUGAAUACAAGAAGGGUGAAAGCGAAACCAACGUUGUUUUGGAAAAGGAAGAAGAUUUCGAAACUUUACUCAAGAUGGAAGACGAGUGGAUUAAGAAGACUUGUGAUGACAUUAUCAAAUUCAAACCAGAUCUCGUCAUUACUGAAAAAGGAUGUUCCGAUUUAGCCCAAUAUUAUCUUCUUAAACAUAAUAUUUCUGCUCUUCGUCGUGUCAGAAAGACGGACAACAACCGUAUUGCCCGUGCCACAGGAGCCACAAUUGUUUCCAGAACUUCUGAAAUCAGAGAAUCUGACAUUGGAACAGGAGCUGGUCUAUUUGAGAUUAGAAAGAUUGGUGACGAAUACUUUACAUUUAUUGAAAAUUGCAAAGAUCCUAAGGCUUGUACAAUUCUUUUGAGAGGAGGAAGUAAGGAUAUUUUGAAUGAGAUUGAAAGAAACUUGGAUGAUGCUUUGCAUGUUGUGAAGAACAUCUUUAUUGAUCCUCGUAUCGUCCCAGGAGGUGGUGCUGUUGAAAUGAGCGUUUCACAACAUUUAAUGCAAAAAUCAAAGAGUAUCAAGGGAAUUGAGCAACUUCCAUACCAAGCUGUUGCUUCUUCUUUGGAGGUUAUUCCUAGAACUUUGGCAGAAAACUGUGGAGCAAAUACCAUUCGUCUCAUCACCGAGUUAAGAGCUAAACACUCCAACGAACAAAAUCUUACUUUGGGAAUUGAUGGUCAAAAGGGUGUUAUUGCUGACACUGCAGAACUAAAGAUUUGGGAGCCUUACGAAGUGAAAGUUCAAACCAUUAAGACCGCUGUUGAGGCAGCUUGUUUGAUUCUUCGUAUUGAUGACGUUUUGUCCUCAUUAAAGCCUAAGGAAAAGAAAUAA